AUCAAGGAGUGGGCCUCCGUGUUUGCUACCCAGAUCAAGCGAUGUGGUGAGUCAUUACAACGACACAGUUGUCGUCCUGUUUGUCACAAGUAUGGGAAUGAUGGUAGAUGUCGUUUCCUCUUUCCACAUGAGGUUGUAGAGUCUUCGCACUUUGAGCCUGAAACAAAUUCGGUUGUCUUCAUGUGUAGAGAUGCCAACGUCAACUAUUUUAAUCCAUACAUCCUGGUUUUCUGUCGACAUAACCAUGACAUCAAGUGUAUUUUAUCAGGAAAAGGCGCGAAAGCUGCGAUGUUCUACAUCUCCGAUUACAUAACAAAGAUGGAUACAAAAACCUAUGAGAUGUUAUCCUUGCUG